AAAUAAUCGGAAAAACGCACAGCAAUCUUCUUCACAAUCGUGUUUUUCUUGUUUUGGUGUUGCUUGUUGUUUUGAUCUGUCUACGUCUGUCUUGGUGUGUGCGGUCCCCGUUAAAUUAGGGACCAGACACAUAGAAAGGCUUUGCGCUCACAGAACCGUUCACGUGACAGGUCACAUGAACAAAUCUGGAGCUGACCCAUGAAACAUGGUAUAAAAAUCCCUUGCCGCUCUCCCCUAAAGUCCAUUGCAUGCACAGUACUUGACUCACACUUGCAGGAGAAGGAACGAGUUGGAACAGGUAGGCAGUAACUAUCCAGCUAUGUCUCAAUCUGCAGAGAAGACAUUGACGGGCCUAAUUGCGGCCACGUUCACUCCAUUCACAUCUCAAGGUGAAGUCAACUUAGCAGAGAUUGGACCUUAUAUUGACUACUUGACAGAGAAGCAAGGUGUAAAUAAAAUUUUUGUGAACGGCACCACCGGUGAGGGAAUGUCUCUCAGUGUCGCCGAGAGGAAGUUACUAGCGGCGGACUGGUGUCGGAAAGCCAAGGGAAAAAUGGAGCAAGUGAUUGUGCACGUUGGCUGCACCAGUCUCAAAGAUUCCCAAGAACUGGCUCGCCAUGCAGUGGAGAUCGAGGUGGACGGGAUAGCGGUCAUCGCCCCGUCCUUCUUCAAACCUCGCACGGCGGAGUCGCUGAGGGCGUACCUCAAGGAAGUGGCCGGCGUGGCGCCGACUGUGCCCUUCUAUUAUUACCACCUUCCUGCUCUCACGGGCAUUAAUCUGCCAGCAAGCGACUUGCUGGAAGGCAUCGAGACGCUCAUUCCCUCCUUCCGAGGGGUCAAAUUCUCCGGGAGCGACCUGAUGGACUUUGGCCAGUGCGUCAGCCACCUCCUGCCCCACCGCUCCGUCCUGUACGGCGUGGACGAGCAACUGUUGGCAGCCCUCGCGUUGGGAGCCAAUGGAGCAGUUGGCAGCACGUACAACUAUCUGGGAAGUCACAUGAACAAGCUGCUGUCCGAGUUUGACAGCGGCAACUUUGUGCAGGCCAGGAGCCUUCAGUUCAAGAUGCAAGAGCUCAUCAGAUACGCUGUAAAACUCGGAUUCGACGUGGGCGUGAACAAGCAGCUGAUGUGCGAGGUGUCGGGCCUGCAGCUGGGGCCCCCUCGCCUCCCCGUCACGCCGUGUCCUCGAGAGCGCGCCGUGUCCAUCAAGCAGAAGUACCAGCACCUCUUCCCCGUCCAAUGACGUCGCCGCUGCAAUCCGGCCCGCUCGGCGUCCGUCUAUUGUAUCCGUCCUCGCGGAAAUCUUACUGUUACAUGUACACACUCUGAUUUAGUAGGAAUCAAGGGAUUUUAUGCCUACAAAUGUGUCUAUCGUGUGUCCUUAAGUCAAAGAAGUCCUUAAGGAAAAAGUUACUUUACUUUUAUUUACUGUCCCCUUCCAAGAUGUUUAUAAAUCAUCAAUGCUCAACCUGUUUCUUGGGUUCAUGCGGCGUUGCUUUCCAUCCAUCCAUUUUCCUUGCCGCUUAUCCUCACGAGGGUCGCGGGGAAUGCUGGAGCCUAUCCCAGCUGUCAACAGGCACCAGGCGGGGUACUCCCUGAACUGGUCGCCAGUCAAUCACAGGGCACAUGUAGACAAACAGCCGCACUCACAAUCGCACCUUGGGGCAAUUUCGAGUGUCCAAUUUAAUGUUGCGUGUUUUUGGAAUGUCGGAGGAAACCGGAGUGCCCGCAGGAACGGGGAGAACAUGAAAAUUCCACACUGACAGGGCCGGGGUUGAACCCGGGACCUCAGAACUGUGAGGCCAACGCAUUAGCAGCCGAGCCUCCACCGUGCCGUCGCGUUGCUUUCCCUUGAUGACAUUUUUUUUUUUUUUUUAGAUGCACAUUUUUUAACGGGAAACAAGCGGUUAUGGAAAACCACAGAUAUGCAGGUUUUGCUCCAUGUACUAGUACACUUUGCCCUCACUAGUAAAACAAUUAAAGCACAUAAAUGAGCGACUAAGUUGCACUUGUAGACGUUGGCGUCCUACUCGGAAUGUUUCCCCUACUUAUAUACAGUUUACAUUACUGCGCUUCACUCUU